AGCCCUCUAAAUAUUACCAGCCUCGACAGCAGCCUUUCUCCCUAUUAGUGCUGGAUCUGACCCACAAAGGACUCUUCUUAACUAGGAGCCAUGCCCACCUCCGGGAACCCCCGCUUAGGGGUGUCCCGGGACAGCAGCGACUCCUGUGAUCUGAGCCCGGCGGAGACCCCGAGGGGCCCAAGGAAGCCUUCAGGAAAUAAGAGAGCCCGCUCCUUGGACCGGCAGGUUCUCAGGAGGGACCCUGAGUCCUCGAACUCCAGGCACCUCUCUAGCACCACCUGCAGGAGGACAGCCAGCGAUCGAGCCAGUUCUGAGAGCCCAUCUCCCUUUGCAGAGGCCCAGGGCCCGGCCGCCGCUGCCACAGCCCGCCCUCUGGGAGAGGGGAACAAAUUUCUCCCCAGUGAGCAGGGGCCCCCGGAAGACACCAAGAAAGAGAGGCCUCCGAGGGAGGCCCAGCACGGCUGGUGGAGGGCGGUGUUUGAUCUCUUACUCAUGAGGAUAGAGGAGCCCAGAGAAAAAGCCAGCAAGAUGUCAAAGGGGAAAGGGAACCUACCGGAGGCAGCUGAGGAGCCAGCCCUUAAGAAGAAAUCCCAGGAGAAGAGGGCCGUCCGCAAGAAACACAGUCACAGGAAGCCCAUUGCCGAAGAGCCUCCUGGGCCCCAGACCGCAGAAGCGAAAGGCCAAGAGGACAUACCAGCCAGUGUGGCUGCCUCACCCGCCACCGAGGAGGCAGACUCGGGGCUGAUCUGCAGGGGGGGACCAGAGUCUGAUCUCCCUCAAGCCUUGCCCGCCGAAGGAGGCCAUGCUGAAACCCCAGGUAGCUGGGGCCAAGCCGCAGGUCCUCCACCAGAAGAGGAUCCCAGGAACCCUGACCAGGAUUACGUCAUCUGGCAGAUCGUGGAAUUGCUCAAGAAAGCUGGAGACCUUCUGGAAGAAGAGCAAGUCCCUCAGCCAGAAGUCGUUCCUCCACAAAAGCCAACGCCACCCCCCAGGAAGAAAUCCCUGGAGAAGAAGUCUAGCCUGAAGAGAGCCUUGUCCCUUAAGAAGACUACCUCCGAGGAACCCAAGAGAGUGGGCUUAGCCACUAUCCUUGGCCCAGAAACCCGGCCCAAGAGGCCCAGCUUCCUACCCCUGUGUGUUAGUGGUCCCCGAACUUCCUCCUCCAGCAGCCACGACUCAGAGGCGCCCACGGUCCAUGAAGUUCGGUCUGUACAUGGUGGAGGCUCCCAUCCCUCUGAGCUCCACCCGCCAGCUGCUGUAUUUCAGGGACCUGAGGAGAAGCCACUGCUGGACAGAGCCUCGGAAUCCAGAGAAUUCAGGCGGAAGAUCCUGGCCCUACUCCAGAGCGCAGAGGAAGAGCAGCAGCAAGUUCAAGUGAAGGAGGCAGAGGAGCCCAGAGAGCACCCAGCCCCAGCCGGCAAGGUGAAAUCACAGCGAAAGUCUAACCUCCAUAGAGCCUUUUCUCUCAGGAAACACACACGGCUCCAAGGAGUCAAGAGAAUGGAGGCUUCAGGGACUCCAGGCUCGGGCAACCUGGAGGCGCGGCCACCCAAGAGGCAUGGCUUCCGGCCCAUGUGUGUGGGUGGCCACAGAGCUUCCAUCCCCAGCAGUCCAGAAAGCCUGGAGUUCCAGAAGGCGGAGGCUGCAGGAGGGGAACCAGCUGGCUCCCCAGAAGUGCCGUUCCAGGCUAGAAGCCACACACCAGAUGAGGGGCCUCCACCAGAGGGAGCCUGGGAAUCUAAGGAGUUUAUCAUCCAAAAGCUGGUGGCCAGUCUCCAGGAGGUGGACAGGGAGCUAGGGAGGCAGAUCCGGAAGUACCCCAGCUUCAGGCGUUUUUUUAAUGAGUUCUCAGAUGCCUCCCUGAGGAAGCUGGUGGCCACCUUAGACAGACAGAAGGCCCUCCUCGCAGAGGAAGACAGGAGCCUCGGCAACAGGCCGCCACCACCGUGUGCCUUCGGCGCACUGAACAAGUUUGCCACCAACCACAGCUGCGCCAUCUGUACUCUUAUGCAGUCCAGAGGCCAAUACAGGGGACACAGUUACGCCCACUUCCUGUCCAGGAAGGCCCAGCAGGACAUCAUGAGUCUGGAUGGCCAGAGUCCGGACUGAAGGCCAUAUCCAUACACAAGUUCUUUCGGAAUAGCCGAGGGUCAGCAGCUGUGGUGGGCAGAGCCCGAAGAGCCUGCAGGGUGGCCCUCUUUUGUGCUCCCCAGACCAACGUCCCUGCAGGCAAAAACAGACAAUGGACAGUCCUGUGUGAGCUCAGCACUGUCUGAGGACACCACUUUCUUCCUGGAAGCUGGACCCAGAGGCUGUGCUGGGGUCAACACUGGAAUGGGGUUAGGAGGUCAGGCUCUGUGGAGUGAACCUGAGGAGAGGCUCUCCCCUCUGCAGUCUCUACAUCCCAACCCCCCUACCCCCCACUCCCUCAUCACCCCCCCGCCAUGAAAUGACACCUG